GACAAAAUGAAGGAAUACAGCCACUGCGGGAGAACAAUGUUUGGGCUCUAAAGAUUGAAACGGACGACCAAAGGUGAAAUAAACCAGCCGAAAGAGCUAUUGGUGGUCAUGUACUGGAUGGUUCCGGUUGGCUCCCUUUAGUUGAACCUGCCCACCACCAAGUUCAUCAUGAGCAUCAUUCAAGACAAACUAGGUAAUGACUUCCUGCGCUCCAAUGGGAGCAUGGACUCCAACUUCUCCCCUGGCAUGAUCAUGUUCAGUCACCUGCCCCCAGUGACCAGCUUCACCCGGCUGGCCACCCAGUCUGUUAUGCAGGACCUGCCAGGCCCUCACGAGAUGAUCCUGAAGAAGGAGCGGGACUCUCCAGACUGCAGCAUGGCUGGGGUGGGCGGCCUGGUGGAGUAUGGUGGGGUGGGGGACUAUGUCCAUGCCAUGGACAUCAAGCAGGAGAAGAUGACAGAACAUGACUACCGUCAGCCGCUGUACCCUGGAGGCCCGGGGAAGAGCACAGAGCUCCUGGAAGUGUCCAUGGGCAACCACCAGAAUCUGCUGGUGCAUGACCUUAGCCUGGGCAACCUGCCGAGUCGGUUAGGAAAGGAGUCCUCAGGAAAGAGAGGUCGAAGGUCAAAUGGUGACGAGAGCAAGCCCCGGAGGAAACGUGGAGAGCCUAAGCAAUCAAUGAUGCUGGAUGCAGAUGGAGGCAGCCUGUGGCCCAACGGGAAGCUCCACAUCUGUGAGCACUGCAGCGCAUCUUUCAGGAGCUCAUACCACCUGCGCAGACAUGUCCUCAUCCACACAGGUGAGAGGCCGUUCAGGUGCAGCCAGUGUAACAUGAGUUUCAUCCAGAAGUACCUACUACAGCGGCACGAGAAGAUCCACAGCGGAGAGAAGCCUUUUUGCUGUGACCAGUGUAACAUGCGCUUCAUUCAGAAAUACCACAUGGAGAGACACAAGAGGACCCACAGUGGAGAAAAGCCAUACAGAUGUGAGACCUGCCAACAGUUUUUUUCUAGGACAGACCGAUUACUCAAGCACAAGCGAACCUGUGGAGAAGCCAUAAAGAAGGGUCUGGAGCCCGGGAUGUUGGACCUGGGCUGUGAGGACAUGGGGCAGGGCAGCUACGGAAUCACUCAGGGAAACACUGGGGCCUCGGUCCGGAAGAGGGGCAAGUCCAAAAACUCUGAGGGAGGGGAGCGCAAGAGGAAGAAAGCGGCGGGACCGGCUGAAGCAGGAGGGCUGGGCGGAGCACACAUCCACGGGGCGCCGUCGGGAGGCUACAGUCUCCAUGACUACAGCGUGGAGAAUCACACUGUGUCCUCGUCCACUCCGCCAGGACCCAGUAUGCACCACGAGCAUCAAGGCCGAGCCCCUAAGAUGGCCUUCAAGAAGGCCAACCGUAAGGCCCUGGUCCAGGGGGGCUUGGGGCAGGCCAAGCAGGGCACUAUGGAGCAGGGUGAGGGUGUGGGGAUGGUCGGGAUGGGCCUCAUGCAGGGCUCUGAGGCCAAAUCGGGUCCCACCAGCAGCAACUAUGAUGAUGCCAUGCAGUUCCUCAAGAAGAGACGCUACCUUAACGCGGCCAACAGUGCAGCAUCAGGGGACGGGGUGGCAGGGAGCAGCACCAACGAUUAUGAGGUCAACGUUGGUCACCUGUCGUCCCAGCAGUCGGUUAUCCAGGGGGUGGUCUCAGGUGUGAUGGACAGCGACUCGCCCCUGAGUCUGCUAGACUCCUCCCCCAUGGGCGUGGACAAGCACGACAGGUCGGGGAUCCCUGACGAGGUACUGCAGAGCCUGCUGGACCACUACACCCAGAAACCAGACGGCUCACACCACGACGUGCACUUUGACCUCAGUGACCAGCAUGUGGCGCUGCACCCUGUCUCAGCAGAUGGCUCUGACCUGAGCCACGAUGCAGACUCGCCCAGCCCGUCUGGAGACAAGACGGUCAUUAUGCACGAGUACUCCCGCUUCUUGCUGCAGGCCCUGGAACGCACCAGCCACAACACAGGCUUCCCCCUGGGCGCGGGGCCCCCAGCUACAGGGCCCUUCACCAGCACCCACCAACGCAACCCACUCUUUACAGACAAGCACAUGUACACUACGUCCCCUCUGGAGUGUGGCUUCGGCCAGCCGGUGGCCUCUCCCACCCUGCCCUCCUCCGUGCCAAAGUCCCACUUUGCGAUGCUGUCAGACUCCUCUCCGCAGCACAGCUUCCACCUAAACAGCCUGGAGCCUGCCACCCACCAGCAGCUUACCCCUUCUCAGGAGCUCACUGACCAGAUGGAGAAGCAACACUCCUCCUCUUCCCCCUCCUCCUACCAGAUCAACCCGUCUGACCUGGGCAGCCAGAAGGACUCGCAGAACCUGGCUUCUCUGGACCCCUCUAAGGGCUCCUACACGAUUGAGAACUUUGCCCAGGCCUUUGGAUCCCAGUUCAAGUCGGCCGGCCGCGGCGCCUUGUCGUACGGAGCUGACUCUAGCGGGGAGGUGGACCACAGGAUAAGGACACCAGUCUCCGAAUUCUCAGGGUAUACUAGUUUGUUAGCCGACGUCAAUGAGGCAGUAAGUACAGGUUCCAAAACCCCAACAAGCCAAAGCUACAGAUAAGGGCCUGGGAGGGGACAGCAUUCUGUUGGAGUUUCAUGUUUUGUCCAUUUUUGUAAUUUUAUUUUCAAAAAAAAAAAAUUGUGCUCCUAUUUUAUUCUUAUUUUUAUUAAGUGAAGUUUUAAUUAUUAUUAUUACACUGCCGCUAUGUGUAUGCCUCAACCCUCUCCCCAGGACUGGUCUUCAAGGACUAUUCAAAUGCAAUUUUUUAAGAUAUAUUUUUUAAGUAAAUAUCUAUGUAUUUAGUCUGUUUUUUCUUGUGUCAUUUUUGGUCUGCUCGUUAAUCGUUAGAAUGAAAAGUACCUUUUUUGAAAAGCAAACAGAGUAGCAAUGAACUUGUUUUUUUCCUCCCAUGAGCUUAAGGGUUUUAGCAAUCAACUUUACAAUUGUAGCUAGCAUAAUAAUGAGAAUAACAAUGAUGGUGGCAGGAAAUAGCCCAGAACUGAAAUAGCAAAAAAUAAAUAAUGAUAUUGUCUGUUACAAGGAUAAGUAUUACUCAGGAAAAAGUGUAAAUGGAGGAAAUUGUAUAGUGCAGUGAGCACUCAUUUUAGAGGUGUAAAUUUGCAACUACAAAGAGGAUGCUUUGUGUGGUUAUUUCUUGUGUUUUAUACCUUGGUUGAUGAGUACAACAAAUAAUGGAGGCUGCUGCCAGCUCACUUACACUGAGAACACUUUCCACUUAGCUAUAUAGAGAUUAUGGUACUUUCUUGUUAAUGUGAAACUCAUGUUUUCUUUCAAUAAGGGCCAUAUAUAUUUAUAACAAUAUAUACAUGUAUAAUAACAGCUAUAAUCAUUCUGGGGAACUGCCAGGUGAGGUAGAGGAAUUGGGGUGGGGGGGGGUAUAAAUUGUUUUCCUUGUUAGUUUGAGGAGAACAUAGUGACUCUAUUCCUUGGCCAAUAGAGGUUGCUGUUGGACAGCUGUGGAAUGGCCUUCCUCAUAUUUCUCCCUUCUUCCUCCUCUUCAAUUAUUUUAUUUCCUUAAAAGAGUCCGAUUAGCACUUUGAGCCAUUUAAUUCAUUGAAUAAACUAAACUACCCCAUAAGAUCAUGGAAGACAUUUUGAAACAAACUGACUUGCUUUCUAAAGAGAUGUGUUUAUUUGGUUGGGGUUACUACCGUAUGCAGAUGUGGGGUUGAAUGCAUCUUGAGCAAUGGGUUGUUAGAGGAGUG